AACAGGGAUGAGGCAACUAAUGCCUUUGUAAUCCUGGGUCUGACUGAAUUCCAGUUUUCUCCUCUCCCAAGUGGUGAAACAGGAAGCCACAUCCCAUCAGGAAGAACCAGAAAGUGCCAUCCAGUAGCUUUGCCUCACGUCACUGAUCGCCCUCAGUCAGAAAUCUAGACCUGCAACUUUAGAGGGUGGGUCGCUGAAAGAAUUUGAGAGCUUAUGCAGAGAUGAGAUGUGCUGCUCUCUGACAAGAACAAGGCUGACUGGAACGCUGGAAAUCUGGCUCUGACUGCUCUUCACAGGCAAGGGGCAUCUAUUGUGGACUGAAGUUUCUGGAAGAUUUAUGGUCUAAGCUGUUAAGACACAAAGGAUUCAAAAUUCAAUGACUUACAGAAGAAUGUUUCAGACAUUUAAAGAAUGGUUUUGGUUGGAAAGAUUUUGGCUUCCUCCAACAAUAAAGUGGUCAGAUCUUGAAGAUCAUGAUGGACUUGUCUUCGUAAAACCCUCUCAUUUGUACAUGACAAUUCCAUAUGCGUUUGGCUUGCUGAUUAUCAGACAUUUCUUUGAAAAAUUUAUUGCUACGCCUCUAGCAAAAACAUUUGGCAUUAAAGAGGAAAUUCGAAAGAAGAUUACACCAAAUACUGUCUUAGAGACUUUUUUCAAACAUUCCACAAGACAACCAUCUCACACUGAUAUUUAUGGACUGGCAAAGAAGUGUAACUUGACAGAGCGCCAGGUAGAACGAUGGUUCCGGAGUCGACGGAAUCAAGAGAAGCCUUGCAGGAUGAAGAAAUUCCAGGAAGCUUGCUGGCGAUUUGCAUUUUACUUAAUGAUUACUGUUGCUGGAAUUGUAUUUCUUUAUGAUAAACCUUGGGUAUAUGACCUCUGGGAGGUAUGGAAUGGCUACCCCAGGCAGCCCUUGCUGCCGUCCCAGUACUGGUACUACAUUUUGGAGAUGAGUUUUUAUUGGUCUCUGAUAUUUAGCCUUGGCUCUGAUGUCAAGAGGAAGGAUUUUCUAGCUCAUGUCAUCCAUCACCUGGCUGCUAUUAGUCUGAUGAGCUUCUCUUGGUGUGCUAAUUAUAUUCGCAGUGGGACCCUCGUGAUGAUUGUGCAUGAUGUGGCUGACAUUUGGCUGGAGUCUGCUAAGAUGUUUUCUUAUGCCGGAUGGAAGCAAACCUGUAACACCCUGUUUUUCAUCUUCUCUACCAUAUUUUUCAUCAGCCGCCUCAUUAUCUUUCCCUUCUGGAUUUUAUAUUGCACCCUGAUUCUGCCUCUGCACUAUCUUGAGCCUUUCUUUUCAUACAUCUUCCUCAACCUCCAGCUCUUGGUCCUGCAAGUCCUUCACCUCUAUUGGUGCUACUUUAUCCUGAAGAUGCUCCGAAGAUGUAUAUUCAUGAAGAACAUCCAGGAUGUGAGGAGUGAUGAUGAGGAUGAAGAGGAAGAGGAAGAGGAGGAGGAGGAGGAGAAGGAAGAAGUCAUCAAAGGCAAAGAGAGAGACUGUUUGAAGAAUGGCCUCGGGGCCAACAGGCACCUCAUUCCCAAUGGUCAACAGGGCCAUUAGCUUGAAUCCCAUGCAGCUCCCAGGGCACAGUGAGUGUGCUAUGAGGGCUACCAGAAGCCAGAGUUGCUUCCCCCUCCAUAACUGUGGCCUACAGGAGCCACAGAGACCCCAGAUUCUGCCCUUCCCUCUUUUUAACUACCACCUUCUCCCCUCCCAAGAUGUAUUUAACAAAAUGUUGUUAACUUGUGUUGAAAUGUUAAAUAUAGCAUCUCUAUGGAUUUUACUGCA